CGAACAAUGGUUGUUGGUAACAAUAUUGUUGAACCUGCAGCAUUGAAAGCCACCUCAGAGAGCGGUUCCGAAGUAGCUAUCCAUAAUAACAAUCCAAGGGAUACUGCCGAUCCAACAGAUACUCCAGAAACUUCAAAAGAUCCCGAACAAACAACGAGUAUUAGGAUUAAACUUGAAGAGACCGAAGAAGAAGAUCCUGUGGAAAUUGAAAUUGAAAUUGAAAAUUUACAAAAUAACAAUAUGACGGAUGCCGGGAAGGAAUCUGGCGAGGAUGCUGCUCUUAAACUAUCAACGACAAACACAAGUGCCAGUUCACCGGUUAGUCCCAACUCCGGAUCGAGUUCCCAGGGUCAGGGUCCGGGUCCGGGUCCGGUCGGAAUGGCCAUUGUGCCCACCAAGAGCGCCGUCAGUCAACGGAAUGUGGAUAUUAAAAUUGAAAAGACCAGCAACAUGGAGGCAGCCACCCAGCAGCUGACCAAAAAGGUUCUCAAACUGGAUCUCGGUGGCAAGAAUCUCGACGAUUUCUCCCUCAAGUCACCCAAAUCUCCCAUAGCUGCACGAUUGCCGCAUCAAACAUCGCUGACAUCGUCGGUGGAUGUGGAGGAUCGGAAGACGCUGAGAGAGGCCUUAUACCAGGGUAUAUUCCACCGACAUCGACGCACCAUCUUCGCCGUGGGCAGCUUCCUUCGAAUGCUGCGCAGCCGCAACUCGCAGUACAAUACGAUAAGGAGUUCAUCGGAGGGCGAGGACAUCGAUGAGUUCCUCAAAAGGCGCGGCUCGAAGCUCCUCCGUUUACAGCACCUUUUCGAGCGCUGAUCCCCCGGGCUCUGGUGGCCACCAGGUGGCAAGUGGCACUCACAUAUCAUCCGAUUCGGGGCCAGGUCAUGGUGAAGU